AUGGAGCAGCUAAUCCCCAUCAUGAACCGUCUUCAAGACGCCCUGCUGACUCUGGGAAGCGGCGAGGGCACAGCAUUUGACCUGCCUCAGAUAGCAGUCCUGCAGCACACAUCUGGAACGGCGGAGUGGGGGGAAUUCAGCCAUUCUCCAGGGCACCGAUUCACAGACUUUGCUCAAAUAAGAAAGGAAAUCGAGAGAGAAACAGAACGAGUGACAGGUCGCUCCAAGAACAUCUCGCCCAUCCCUAUUUGCCUCAAGAUUUUCUCCCCCAAUGUUAUUGAUUUGACGCUCGUGGACUUGCCAGGCAUUACAAAAGUGCCAGUGGGGGACCAGCCUUCAGAUAUUGAGCUGCAAAUUCGCAAGAUAGUUUUGCAGUAUAUAAGUCAGCCCUCUUGUGUUAUCCUUGCCAUCACGGCGGCCAACACAGAUAUCGCCAAUUCUGAUAGCCUGAAGAUCGCCCGCGAAGCAGACCCUGAAGGCAUUCGCACUAUCGGAGUGGUUACCAAAGUUGACACGAUGGAGGAAGGUUGUGACUGUGCUGACAUACUUCUUGGGAAGGUCUAUCCACUAAGGAGAGGAUUUGUAGGCGUAGUAUGUAGAAGUCUCGCACAGACACGUGAGCAGCUUUCCCCAAGAGCCGCCCAAGAGGAAGAGUCCAAGUUUUUCCAGAGCCACCCGGCGUACAAGAGCUUGGGUAACCGUUGCGGCACUCGAUAUCUUGCACGAAUGUUGAAUCAGGAAAGUCCCCCAUUCCCCAUUCCCGUGCUGAUGCAGCAUAUCCGGGAAUCAUUGCCGGAGCUGCGUGAGAGGCUGCAGAAGAGGCUUCAAGAAGCAGAAGCAGAACUGGCUGGCUACGGGGAUCCACUGCUGGAGGCUAAAGGAAACGCUGGGGCGUUGCUCCUACAUUUCUUUUCCAAGUUUGCCCGCAACUUUCAGGAUGCGAUUGACGGGAAGCUGCAGUCUCAGCACUCCUCGGAUCAUUUGAUGGGCGGGGCCCGCAUAAAUUUCAUAUUCCAUGAUUGGUAUGGCCGAGCCUUGGCGGAGUUCGACCCGCUAAGCGGUCUCACGGAUCACGAAAUUCGCACCGCUAUCCGGAACGCUACGGGCCCCAAAGCUGCCCUAUUUGUGCCAGAGAGUGCAUUUGAAAUCCUGGUCAAGAAGCAAAUUCAGCAGUUGGAGACCCCAUCAUUGCUUUGUGUGGAACAGGUGUACGACGAACUGCAGAAGAUUGUUGAGAAAUCUGAACUUCCCGAGAUGUCUCGAUUCACGAAUCUCAGAGACCGCAUUCUUGAAGUCGUGUGUGGGGUUCUGAAGAGAUGCCUGGCCCCCACAAAUCAAAUGAUUCACAAUAUUAUUCAGGUAUGGGACCGCGUAUGGCUUGUUUCGCCAAAAGGCUAUGGGUGUGUUGUGGAGUUGCGGAAUGUCAUUUAUGGGUAUUUCUUGCAGAUUGAGCUGGCUUACAUAAACACGAAUCAUCCGGACUUUAUGAGCAACAAAGCCCUUCCGGGCCUCUUUGGAGAAAGCAAUUCCAGCAGACGCGACUCCUAUUCGCCUGGUUUAGGGAGCUGCUUGCAGCCUCCUCUACCGCCGCAGCAGCAGCAAAGUGGGAGGCCACCCGCACCGUCAGAGAAAGAGCUACCGCCGUCGCCUCGAGGGGAAUUUGUGUUUCUUUUCGCAUUUGGAACGCGUGGUAGCUGUCUGUGGAGUCGUCAUUCAUUCAGGGCGUUGGAGGUGUAUUACAUCAAGGUGGCUUUUUCAGUUUUCUUAAGAACCCCCGACCUUCUCCACAUGCAAGCAGAAACAAUUCAUCAACUGUUGUGCUUCCGGCAACACCGCAACCUCAACUGCAGCAACAGCACGCUCAGCCACCACCGACUCAACGGGCUGAGAAUGCCAAUUCAGUUGAGAGGUGCACCAGAGAGUGGAGGUACAGGCAUUCGCAUGCCGGCUGUUCCGCCGGUUGUCGCGCCAUCAGACGUCCCAUCUGACAGAGAGCAAAUAGAGACAGAACUUAUAAAGUCAUUGCUGUGGUCUUAUUUUCAAAUUGUCAGGAAGAAUGUCGCUGAUGCGGUGCCGAAGGCGAUCAUGUACUUCAUGGUGAACACGGCUAAGGAUGUACUACAGAGAGAGCUAGUAGCUCAGCUCUACAGAGAAGAGCUCUUUGGGGAGCUCAUGAAGGAAGCCGGAGAUAUCAGUGCGAAGCGACAGCAAUGCAAGCAGCUGUUGAAAUCUAUCCGGAGUGCCCUUGAGAUUAUUUCUCAAGUGCGGGAACUCGGGGCGGAGGACACUGCCCUGCCAGCACGCCGACACCUCUAG